AUGGUCUUCUCUAUCCCAUCCUACAUCGGCGUAGGCGAUCGGUACAAGAAACCCAUUGAUGCCCGCGCGCAAGGCGCCACGUUCCUCGUCUCGCGCCCUAAGACGGGCACGAACCCCGACGCGCUCUUCGAUAAGGAGCUCCACCACUUCUGGAAUGGCGAGCGCGGCGGUGAUCUCGAAAUGGUGCGCCGCCGCCAGCAACUGGAAAGCUCCAAGAGGAACUUGACCCCGAACGGGUUUCUCUACUCCAGUCCUACGCCGGAGCCGGCCGGUCUCGGCUCGUACUUUGGGUGCUUCCAAUCAACUCCAUAUUCACACAUGCCAGAGCACCCAAGGGCGCACGAGCAGGCCAUCGAGAGGCGUGAGCUGCCGCCGCGUGGCGUGUACACAUCACCGGCGAAGAAGGGCACCGGCUACGGCUACGCCCACAUCACGCUGUCCGACGUAGGGAGCGACUACAUCGCCACCAUCUACGAGCAGCAGCGCAUCAACGCACGUCGCGAGCGGGAGGAGUGGGUGAAGAAGAUGCCAGCAGAGCCGUUCCAUCCCGCUGGCCGCGAGGGGUUCACCUUUGACGAGAGCCCCGCGACAGGGACGUCUCGCUGCUACAUUAUGACAACUCCUUUCCGGGAGAAGCGGCCCGAGAAGGUCUUUACCCACUUCCGCAUCGACCAGCCGUGGCGCCCUGCCGGCUACGUUGAGGACAGACCCACCGCGAUGGAGUACUGGGAGGACCCAUACCGCGGCUAUGACCCCCGCAAGGAACCGAAGGAGUACGUCAAGAAGCCCUCUGAUGCUAGCUUUGUGCCAAGCUCGCGCAACGACAACUUCUGGUACACGCAGAGCAUUGUGUUCAAGCGUGUUUGA